GAAUAAUAAAAAUUAUUCCAAAAAAAUCCUCCAUAUUCUUCUCCCCUACCCCUCUAGUUAUGUGCUGUUCUCUGUCUGGUUUGUGAAGACGACUCGUAAAAAUCAUCUAAAAGAAUUCCCAUAAUCAGAUCUAAAAAAAAUGCUUCCUAUUACGGCGUCGUUUUCUUCUGAUUCAUCCAUGGAUCUACUCUAGUAAAUUUUCAAUAACAUAUUGAACAAUUUUUCCGGUAAAUUAUUCCUAAUGGAUUUGGAUGAAUUCCGGUUGAUACUAUCGGAGUCCAAGGUAGAUGUAUGGACCAUGAUGGAUGCGGCGAUAUCUGUUGCUGCAGUCGACUGUGCAGAUGAAUUGAAACGUCGACGUGAUGGAAUCGUUGAAAAACUCUACUUCACGCGCUCCCGGAGCUCAGAUGACGUUGGUAAUGGCCAGCAUAGGUUAGAUAACGGUACUAGAAAUGUGGAGAUGAUGAUGAAUAAGAGUCCGUUAACACCGGAGUCUAAUCAACGGGAGAAGGAGAAUAGUAAUGACAAGAAUGAAGAAGAGGAAGAUGCAGAUCCGUAUGGAGGACUGUUUGAUGAUGAUGAUGAACAAACUCAAAUUCUAACAAUCAAACAACAGCUUGAAAAUCCACAGCUGUCGGAUGAGGAUGUGGUUGACCUGCUUCAAAAUUUAGCAGAUAUGGAUAUUACAUUCCAAGCUCUUCAGGACACUGAUAUUGGAAGGCAUGUGAAUCAAUUGAGGAAGCAUCCAUCAAGUGAAGUUAGGAGAUUGGUGAAGAUGCUUGUUAGAAAAUGGAAAGGAACUGUUGAUGAUUGGGUUAGGCUCAACCCGCCUGAGCAACAUGAGUCUGCAAAUCUUAUUGCUGCUGAUGACGACUCGCCCCAACAGAGUGUACGGAGGAAUCAACAGAAUGGUAAUCAUCAGGUUCCUGACUUUGCAUACUCACCGAAUCCUCGAAAUGGGAGUUCGAGCUCGGACAGGAAUAAUUCAGAAUCAGAGUACAAGCCUAAACCAGUUCCCCAACGGAAUGUAACCCCUACUAGACCACUGCAGUCUGCUCCUAAACCUGUUUCGGCUCCUCCCCCAAGUAGACCUCUUCCGAGGGAAUCCGCUAUAGAUAUUGAGAGGCUGAAUUCAGCAAGAAGACGGCUUCAGGAGAAUUACCAAGAAGCUCAAAAUGCUAAAAAGCAAAGGACAAUACAGGUGAUGGAUAUUCAUGAGAUUCCAAAACCAAAGAACGGCUUCAUUGCCAAGAAUAAAGGCGGCUUUCAGAGCAGGCAUCAUCAUCGUUGAGAUAAAAAAGCCCCCUCCCUGUCUGUGUGUACAAUACUACUGUUCCUCAGCUUUAAAGUUCAAAACUCUGCAUCUUUUGUGAUAACAGGGCCUUUUUCUUUCCAAUCAAAAAACUAUUUACUCCUCCUAUACUUUUUUUGGUUAACUAAUCUAUAUAGCUUUUGUUCGAA